AUAUAAAGGAGAGGUUCACCAAUUAUGUGCUGCUACUGAUUGUGUGUCUGAGAAAUAUGGAACAGUUCUCGUGGAAUCCAGAUCAUCUUUGGGUAUUAUUCCCAGAUGUAUGCAUGGUGGUUGCUUCAGAAAUUGCAGUGGAUAUUGUAAAACAUGCCUUCAUAACAAAAUUCAAUGACAUCACAGCAGAUGUCUACAGUGAAUACAGAGCCAGUCUUGCAUUUGACCUUGUUAGCAGUCGACAGAAAAAUGCAUAUACAGAUUAUAGUGAUUCAGUUUCCAGAAGAAUGGGUUUCAUUCCACUUCCACUGGCUGUUUUGCUCAUCAGAGUCGUAACAAGCUCCAUAAAAGUGCAAGGAGUCUUAGCUUAUGUUUGUGUUGUGCUUUUCUACUGUGGGUUAAUAUCUCUAAAAGUCCUUAACAGUAUUGUAUUGCUGGGGAAAUCAUGUCAAUAUGUAAAGGAAGCAAAAAUGGAGGACAAAUUAUUCAAUCCUGUCCUGACUGCCACCCCAGGGAAGCCAGCUGGCAAACAGCAAAGCAUGUUUAAAUCUACCCAAGGAAGUUCCACAGACGAAAAUGGAUCAACAUCAGUUGCCAAUCAGCCUGUGCAUCAGAAGGAGAGUACACCAUCUUUACUUGUAACAAGCAAUUCUGAUCAGUUUCUGACAACUCCUGAUGGAGAAGAAAAAGAUAUAAGCCAAGACAGUUCAGAGUUGAAACACAGGUCUUCAAAGAAAGACUUGCUGGAGAUAGACAGGUUUACUAUUUGUGGAAACAGAAUUGACUAAGUUGUUUGUUUGUUUUUUUUUUUAAAUCAAUGUGCUAAGGAUACUGAGCUGUUGGGACAGCAGAUGCUACCAGAAAUGGACAGUUGCCAAAAAAGGCACAUAAAUAUUUAUUUAAAAACUUAAAUUAUUAAUGGCAAAAAAAUAUUAAUUUCUUUCUACAAGUAACUUGGCUUGGUAUCUGGUCAGGUCAGGUAAGUGAUCUGUAACUUGCCUGUUGGAAAUCGGGGUGCAUCGUGAGUCUCUAGCCUGGUGGCAGAGCUGCAGUGUCACUCUUCUGCCAAAUAGACUGGGAAAAAGCAUAGUCCUGUUCUGCGUUGUGACACCAUGCCUCCAGAACGUGCUGCCUUUCAUGAAGGAUAUUCCUGGAGAUGUGUGACAGCUUUUGAGCGGAAGCUUGCCUUUCCAGUUACCUUGUUUUAUUAAACAUCUGCAAGCAGAAUUCAAAACUUGUGCUUAUAUCAACACAUGCAUAAAGCAUUGGUCAAUAAAACAGUAAGUCAAGAUAGUUUUUCUUGUCAAGAAAAAUCUUUCCAAGAUGUAUCUUGAAAAUCUUGUAAUCGGAAUAAAAUUUUGCCUUUA